AUGAAUCAGGAUUUACUUAUGCAGUUCUUUUCUGCUAGUCUUACAAAUGCCCCUGAUCAGUUUGGCGAGAACUCGUCUGCCGUGGUAGAACAGGAUUGGAACUGUACACUUUUCAGGAUCUCUACAGAAUCAUUGACUACUAAAAGAAUGAUCUCUGAAAGUGUUGACUGUCGGCAGAAUCAUACAGUUCAUGUUGUGUGUAAGGUAAAAAUGUACGAAAUAAACCAAACUUUCGUGACAGAAGAUACGGUAGUAAAGAGUACAGAAGUGUCAACACUUGCUACAUAUUUUAGUUAUACAACCCAAGGACUUGUGAAGGAAGAAACAACAGUAAUUUCAGAUCCAAUGACUACUGUUAUACAAACAUCGCGAAACAAUGCACAAGAGGAACCUGCAGCAUCUUCAAUGGAACCAGAGCGAGAAACGUGGGAAAGUAUCAUUACAGGAAAGCCUGAAGACACGGUUUCAUCACCAACGGAGAAAACACAAAUGAAAAGAAUUAAAAUGGAAGAAGAAAAUUUGGAGUUGGAAGAGCAAUCUACGUCAAGCAGUAGUGAAACUUCGCUAACUGAGCCAAUUUUUUACCACACAACUACAAUAAACCUUGAACGAAUAACAGAAGAGUUUUUGAUUAAUAAAGCCCCUCUUCGCUCUGCUAUAAACGUAACCGUUGUCGAAAUAAACGAGAAUGAAGAAAACUCGGUAGGCCUCUAA